AUGAUCCACACAGUGACCCCAGAGAUGCACCAGUUCCUCCAUGAGCUUCCAAAGUGUGAGCAUCAUGUCCACUUGGAAGGCACCUUGGGGCCUGAACUCCUUUUCCCCUUGGCUGCUAGAAACAACAUACAACUCCCGGAUCAUUUUCCUAAGACUGUGGAUGAUUUGCAGUACAAAUAUGACAACUUCAAAGAUCUGCAGGACUUUUUGGACUUGUACUAUGUGGGAAUGAGUGUUUUGAUUACUGAGGAUGAUUUCUUCGAACUUGCAUGGGCCUACUUCAGAAAAGCACAUGCAGAUGGCCUACAUCAUGCCGAGACUUUUUUCGAUCCCCAGGGCCACCUCGAGAGAGGUAUCGAUAUGGAGACUGUUGUGAAGGGAUUCAGAAAGGCAUGCGACAAAGCUGAGGCAGAAUUGGGGAUCACGACUAAACUGAUCAUGUGUCUUCUGAGACAUUUGCCAGCUCAAGACGGACUGGACACCAUUGCCUUGGCCAAGCCCUACUACGAGCAGGGACUUAUACAUGGACUUGGUCUGGACUCCUCCGAAAAGCCUUUUCCUCCAGAACUUUUCAAAGAAUGCUAUGAGCAUAUGGCCAAACACCACCCCGAAGUACUUUUGACGGCCCAUGCUGGUGAGGAAGGAGGUCCUGAUUAUAUUCACAACUCUUUGGAUUUAUUGAAAGUCACACGUAUUGAUCACGGUGUCAACUCCAUUAAGGACCCACAGCUGAUUAAGAGGCUUGCGGACAACCAAACAAUGCUGUCAUUGUGUCCGAUGUCGAAUCUGAAGCUCCGUGUUGUGCAAGACAUCGCCGAGUUACCUAUCAAGGAAUGGAUUGAAGCUGGUGUUCCAUUCUCUAUCAACUCUGACGAUCCCGCCUACUUCGGAGGCUAUAUCCUCGAUAAUUACCUUGCAGUUCAAUCGAAGUUUGGUCUAGACGUCCCAACAUGGAAGCUGAUUGCCCAGAAUGGAGUCAAAGGUUCUCACAUUUCCCAGUCUCGUAAGGACGAGCUGUUGCAGCGUAUCGAAGAAGUGUGUUCCAAGUACAUAUUUUGA